CUUUUGGAAUACAUGUACUGCAGUCCAGGAUCAUUUGUGGAAAAUGAGCCGAAUCUAUCAUAAUACAUCUUUAAACAACAAACCAGUACACAAUGAGAAAUAUGACAGCGUUUGGUCACCCGUCUCGUUUCAAAGUGGUCCUGGAGUGUUUCUUGAAGGAACGCUUGUUGAUGUUUCUAGACAUGCACUGACUGACAUCAACAAUCAAAAGGUUCGUUACCAUGUGCUGUACAUUAAACCUAGACGCAUCCAUCGGAGAAAGUUUGAUGCUAGCGGGAAGGAGAUUGAGCCGAAUUUCAGUGACACCAGAAAAGUCAAUACAGGCUUCCUAAUGUCCUCAUACAAAGUGGAAGCUAAAGGGGAGUCAGACAUCCUGUCAGAGGAGCAGCUAUCUGCAUUGAUAAGUAAACCCAAGCUACAGAAGAUAACUGACACACACAGACCAGAUGGGACAUGGGCCUUCUGGUAUCCUGAGUGCGAGAUGGACAAAACGGAGCUAGAGACCGAAACAAACAUCCGACUUAAGACCAGAGGAAACAGCCCCUUUAUAUGCUCCUUAGCAAAAGUAGAUGGCAGCACAGUGUCCAAGUGUAAUUUUGCUGGAGAUGAGAUUACUGGAGCAUCGUGGACAGACAAAAUUAUGGCGAACAAAGCUGGAACAAAUAACAUCCAGAAGCCUGCAUGUGAAGGAGAAGGAUCACAGUUGGAUGAAUGGGAGGACUAACAAAGGGACAUCAACAGCCUUUGAGCUCUUGGCCCGUCUCCAGAUUGAACUGUCUCAACAUGAGGUCCCGAUCAACCGCUACUGCUAUUUCUUCAGAUGAGGAUGAAUCUGAGAAAUCAGCGAUGGCCAUAAUUGUGUCCCAACUUAAGCGAGCCCAUUUUGGGGCAAGUAAUAUGUCACAUCUGUGCACGUAGGUCAUGUGACUCGCCAAAAUGGCGGUGCCCCUGAAAAUCCAUAAUUGCCAAUAAAAAUCUUCUCAAAACACCAUUAAAUGAUAUCAGAUUAACCUCAAAUUUUGAAGGUACAAUACAUAUGAUGACUUAUUGGAUACAUUGUUAAUCCAAAUGACCGGACUUCCCCUUUAUUAACAUGCUGUAGCCACCAUAAUGAAAAUCGAGGCAGCACACUCAUUGGUGUUGUGAUAUUGUCCAAGAUUAUUAUUUUUUUUUUCACCUUAUAGCUGACCUCAAAACUAUCAACCCGACGUCUCUUCAUGAGCUCUGAAACUACUAGGAUUUAAUCCUUCUUGCGUCGAGCAAUAAAGCUGUAAAAACUUGG